AUGUCGACCACAGCGACCACAGAAGAGUACAUUGAGCUCUCCACCUUCAAUGCUGCUCCCUUUACGCCACUGAGCAAAUCGACACAUUCGGUGACUCAACCAGUGUCAACAGUCCUUGUCCCAGAUGAAGUGCCUGAAGAUGCCCCAUACUCCGUGUCAGCGAUACCCGACGGCGGUUAUGGAUGGGUAAUCGUUUUCUCCGCCUUCCUCACCACUUUCUGCCACAACGGCAUCAUCAACUGCUGGGGUGUGCUCCAAGCCGCUCUUCUGGAUUCCACCCUUAGCCAUGUACCAGCAUCUACUCUCGCAUAUGUGGGAAGUGUGGCACUCGGCGGAGGUGCAUCAUGUGGUCUUCUCGCAGUCCGAAUGAUGCGCUAUUUUGGCUCACGCACGACCAUACUCAUUGGCGUAACCUUUAUGGGCAUGGGAUUAAUCGGUGCCAGCUUCUGUACAUCGAAUCUUGCAGGGCUUUUUGGAACUACUGGACUUCUCUGCGGUCUUGGAAUGGCUAUGGUUUAUGCUGUGACAAACGCGCUGCCUGUGCAAUACUUCAGCGCACGUCUUGGACUUGCGAACGGAAUCAUCAAACUCGGUGGUGGUGUGGGUGGAUGUGUUAUGGCCAUUGCCCUAGAGGGCAUGUAUCAAAGAGUUGGGAUCGCCUGGACUUUUCGAAUUCAAGGACUCAUGACACUGGCGCUCGGUGUGCCAGCGGCAUGGAUGCUGAAAGAUCGAGUUCCACUAAAGAACGUCCCUUUCGUCGACUGGUCCAUGUUUCGCUCAGUCCCUUUCAUCGCUACUUUCAUCGCCAGUGCAAUCGGAGUUUUCGCCCUCUUUGUCCCGCCUUACUACCUACCUCUAUUCGCUCGAUCGAUUGGACUGAGUUCUAGUACAGGAGCAGGUCUGGUAGCAGCAUUCAAUGCUUGUAAUGCUAUCGGCCGCUUUGCGGCCGGGCCAUUAUGCGACAAGAUCGGGCCUCUGAAUAUGUUCGUCAUCACCAUGGUUCUUAACGCUGUUAGCAUGUUAGCCAUAUGGCCCGUAUCGAACUCCUUAGGACCACUGGUUGUGUUUGCCAUGCUCAACGGCAUCGCCAAUGGCUCCUACUUCACCACUCAGCCGACAGUAGUCGCCGGUAUCUUCGGUCCCGGGAGAGCAACAGUCGCCAUGAGUAUGUCCGUGACUGGGUGGUCUUUCGGAUAUUUUAUGGGGGCGCCCAUUGCUGGCUAUCUCUUGCAAGCUGCGGGUGGUAGGCAAGAAGAUGGCGUGGGCCAAAGUAUCAACGUUUAUCGGCCUGCAAUUUUUUACGCAGGCGGCAUGGCUACUCUAUCUGCACUAUGCGUGCUCGCCGCUAGACUGACAGUCGCGAAGAAGUUCCGGAAGCGCGUAUGA